AUGUCGGAUUUGUUGGCCGGGUUGACCACCUCCAUCAAAAGCACGGCCAACGCCAUCUCUCGUAACGAAUAUGUUCGAAAGGUUACUGAAUCCAUGAAUGAUGCCAUCAUGAACUAUCCAAAGCCUCAUAUGGAGGUUCGUGAGGCCACCAACGAGGAUCCGUGGGGACCGACGGGACCGCAAAUGAAGAAGAUCGCGGAGUACACUAGAUCGCGCUACAUGGAGGACUUCUACAACGUCUACACUCCACUUUUCGCUCGCAUGCUCGAGAAUAAUAAGGAUGCUUGGAGACGCGUUUACAAGAGUUUGAUCCUUCUCGACUAUCUUCUGAAGCAUGGAAGUGAACGCUUCGUUCAGGAAGCAAGAGAGAAGAUCUACGAGCUCCGUCGUCUCGAAUCCUACAAGUACAUCGACGAGAAAGGAAAAGAUCAAGGAAUCAACAUCCGUCAUCGCGUCAAGCAAAUCUUGGAGAUGAUGAAUGAUGAUGAGCUUCUUCAAGCGGAAAGAAAGAAGGCCAAUUCUGAUGACAAGUCAAAAUACCGUGGAUACGACAAGUACGACAUCAACUCCUCUGGAAUGAAGUCUUCUUCUUCUUCCAACUUUGACAACUCAUGGGAUCGCAACCCGUCGUCCACCACAUCCAAGAGGUACGACAAGGAAGUGAGCAACUUCUCGUUCUCGUCUUCUACGGCUAAUCGCUCUCCAUCGCCGGAACUCGGAUUUGUUGAUGAUACCACAAAAAAAGAUACUGCUGCCAACGACGACGAUGGAUUCGGAGAUUUCGUCAGCUCUCGCUCGUCGGCUUCUUCAGGCUCAAAGGUUAAGGCAGAGCCACCAAAAGCGGCUAGGUCGUUCUUCGAUGAUCCUGUGCCGGUGAUUCCACCACCAUCUGGUGCCGCGCAGAACAGCUACGUUGCUCCAGCAUUGUCGCCAGUUGCCAACAAGCCUGCAAGCAACUUCGAUCUGCUUUUCGAUGUUUCCGCUCCAGCUCCAACUUCAGCUGUUACCCAAAACAACGGCGGGAACAUUGACUUAUUUUCUCAGAUGUGCGAACCAAACUUUUCGACUCCGAAACCAACUGCCGCCGCUCCAGCUGCCUCAGCUCCAACUGCUGGAGGACUCGACCUGUUCGAUUUUGGACCAGCUCCAGUGGCUCAACCAACGGUCAUGAUGUCUCCUAUGAAUGCUGCUCCAGCUGCUCCUGCAGCCAACAACGGAUUUAGCGGUUUUGACUUCGGGCCAUCAUUUGGAGGAUCUACCCCACUCCAACCGAUGGGAGCCAUGGAAGCAACGCCACCAGCGUCUCAACCUGCUGCUAGCCAAAUCAAUCUGGGUGGACCAUCGCCAAAAGUUGGAAACUCGUUUGCCGGUUUGGAUCAAUUCAUGUCACUCUCCCUCGGAUCCACCAACGCGAACACUACCAAGGCCAAGACUCUCAACCAAAUGAAAGGGAAUCAGUAG